GCCUCGCCCUCCAUCUUAUGUAUAAAUUGUAUUGGUCCACUGCCUCGGUUACUCCUCACACCGAUCGAAAAUGGCGCAAAGAGUUAGGAGGAUAAAGCUGGGUUCUCAGGGUCUGGAGGUGUCGGCGCAGGGGCUGGGCUGCAUGGGCAUGUCCGCAGUCUAUGGCCCUCCCAAGCCCGAAGAAGACAUGAUUGCUCUCAUCCAUCACGCCGUCCACACUGCCGGCGUUACCUUCCUCGACACCUCCGACGUCUAUGGCCCUUUCACCAACGAAACUCUCCUGGGCAAGGCUUUGAAGGGAGGCGUUAGAGAGAAGGUGGAGUUGGCUACAAAGUUCGGUUUUAGCUUUGCCGAUGAGAAGUUGGAGAUCCACGGCGAUCCGGCGUAUGUGAGAGCCGCCUGUGAGGGCAGCUUGAAGCGCCUCGACAUCGAUUGCAUUGAUCUCUACUACCAGCACCGCAGCGAUACCCGCGUUCCCAUAGAAGUCACGAUUGGAGAACUCAAGAAACUAGUAGAAGAGGGUAAAAUCAAGUACAUAGGUUUAUCCGAAGCCUCUGCAUCAACCAUCAGAAGAGCACAUGUUGUUCAUCCAAUAACAGCUGUGCAGCUAGAGUGGUCUUUGUGGUCUAGAGAUGUGGAGGAGGAAAUAAUUCCUACAUGCAGGGAACUGGGCAUUGGAAUUGUUGCAUAUAGUCCUCUGGGACGAGGAUUCUUUUCCUCCGGGCCCAAGUUUGUUGAAGAUUUGCCUACCAAUGACUUCCGAAAGUUUCUACCAAGGUUUCAACCUGAAAAUAUGGUGCAUAACAAAACUGUAUUUGAGCGUGUUAAUGAAAUGGCAACAAGGAAGGGAUGCACCUCAUCACAGCUGGCACUGGCCUGGGUUCAUCACCAAGGGAAGGACGUGUGCCCCAUACCUGGAACCACCAAGAUUGAAAACAUCAACCAGAAUAUUGGAGCUUUAUCUGUGAAACUAAAUCCAGAUGAAAUGGCCGAACUUGAAUCAUUUGCUUCAGAGGAUGCAGUUAAGGGUGAAAGAUAUAUGGAAAGCAUUCCAACCUGGAAGAAUUCUGAAACUCCACCAUUUUCUUCAUGGAAGUCUGUUUAGGCUCGUCUAUUUUGGGUUGAAUUUGGACUCUGUCAAUGUUGUCAUUGAGCUGUGUCAAGUUCUUGACAGCUUAGAUUUUAUGUGUUCUAUUUGAAUGUUUUCAAGAAGAUCAGAACAAAUAAUUGGUUUGCUAAUCAGGUCUUGGUAUGCAAAUGUGAACUCUUAUCAGUAUAGAGAGUGUGUACUCUAGAGCAAUUGAGCUUAAAGUUUGAAGUGUAAAA